AAGGCUGUGGAGCCUCUGGAUACGUUACUUGGGACCUUUUCCCUUCCCUCCCUCCCACCCCCUAAAAAAAAAAAAAAAAUUUGUGGGCAGGAAAACUUUGUGGAGAGUUAUUUGAACCUGUGGGAGAAACUUUUCUUGUGGUCCAGGAAAGAAGGAAGGAAGGAAAGAAGGAAAGAAGGAAAGAAAAAGAAAAAGAAAGAGAGAAAGGAAGAAAGGAAGAAAGAGGGAAGGAAAGCAUCUCAGUGAAGGAGAAAGAGGGAAUGAUCCUUCAAGUUGGGACAUCUCUAAACCAUUUGCCCAGUUGUGCAAACGAUGAAAGGCUGGACACUGCCUAUCGUGAUGGCAGUCCUUUACCAUCAGCUAAUUGUGUCUGCCAAGAGAAACAAGGCUCAGAGGAUGAAUCAACCCAACCAGUACACAGAGCCCUUUAACACAACUCUCACCAACAGCGAGGAGGGCUCUUCCCUUCAGACCUCCUCCCCCUCCUCCAACCGGAGGAUGAGAGAACAGGGCGCAGAAUUCCUGACUCCCGACACCAGGGCCAUCCCGUGUCCAGCCAACAGGAGGCAUCCUUGUUGCAGGCUCCCUGAAUCCCGGGAACACCGGCCAGUGGACCCUCAUUCCUCCUGGAUAAAGUUCGUACAGAGACCCGACGAUGGGGUCAAGAAAGGCGGCAAGAAAUGCAAAUCCAACCGCAAGAAAGUAUUGCCAAGAGUUUGCGGCCCCCCAGGCCCUCCCGGGCCCCCAGGUCCAUCGGGGCCCCCAGGAGCUGAAGUCACUCAAGACGUCCUGCUGCGGGAAUUCAAAGAUAUGAUCAGAGAAGCCACUGAGCGGAGGUCAGCAAUGCUGACAGAAGUAAGUGCAAGUGUGAGCCCAUCCUCACCUUUUGCCUUCGAUGAGUUCCGACCCUAUAAGCGGGUGCAGGAGGCUUUUCACUGUAAACUGAAGGGGAUUGUCACCGUGGACAAAAGGACGCUUUUAGAGCUUCAGAACUUCCAGACGCCACUUGCAAAAGGUGCAUUCCUGAGAGGAUCGGGCAUGAAUCUUUCAACUGGUCGUUUUAUGGCGCCAGUAACUGGUAUUUACCAAUUGUCUGCCAACGUGCACAUCGACCACAGUGAGAUGAAGAGCAAAGGACCACUUCGCCCACGGGAUAAUGUCCGAGUCCUCAUUUGUAUCGAGUCCCUCUGCCAUCGAUACACCUCCCUCGAAGUAAUAGCUGGCCUGGAAAGUAACAGCAAAAUAUUCACAGUCUACGUACAUGGACUGCUCCAGUUACAGGUUGGACAGUACACCUCCAUAUUUGUGGACAAUAGUGCUGGAGCGCCAAUAUCUAUCCAGAGUGGGUCAGAUUUUAUGGGUAUGCUGGUCGGUGUAUAACAGCUCGUUACCCGGGUUACGAAGAGAACAACGUUAAAUACAGAGAACCGUCGUUUGAUCCCAAAAUCCUUCUUACAGAAAUCGGAAAUUGUUAAUCCUUUACACUAGUCAUGUGCAGACAAAGCAAUAAGAUUUGCCCUUGGCUCCUCCACUCACUGUACCAGUGAUCGCUCUUUUUAUGUCUCGUUCUUUCUCCCCCACCGCCCCCGGCCCUCACCCAAUCUGAUCUUUCGGUCCGUUUCAAGACAAGGGGGUAAUCCACACAGCCCGAUUUUGCAGUGUUUCUUAACAGAUUUCUUGAUUAAGAAAUCCAGACUUGCACAAGACUGACUCACUAGACUUUUACGCUGAACUAUAUGUUGUGGGGUGACUCGAAUUGGAAUAACUGGGAAGGUGGGCAUCCAGUUAUCAGAAGGAGACACACCCCACCCCCCCACACAUGUGGAAUUUCUUAAGUAAAUGGGAUAAUUUAGAAACACUGUAAAAUUAAGUCCUUUGGUGUUAAAGUCAUUAUAGUAAGACUUCACUGUGACAUUUCCAACCUUCACUGUGACAUUUCCAGGAGGGAAGUUGAGCAGGUUAUGAUUCAAUCACUGGGAUUACCUUGAUGAAGGUAUUUAAUGCCACGUAAGAAAGUAGCUCUUGUGAAAAUAAAAAAGCAUAUAUUCAAUGAAGUGUUUAUUAUAUAUUUUUUGGCAUAUGCUCGAGGGAUGGUUUUAGUUUUGAGUAGGAAGAGAGACAAUUUGCAAUUACUGUGAUACAAUCUGCGUAAUUCAUAAUUUUUAAAAUACAGAAGGAUAUUAAUUGCAUAAAAUGAACACAUCAAUUUCACCCUAUAUUUCAACAAAGGCUCAUUAAAUGCUAUAGCUUUUAUUUUUGUGGGGGUGGGGGGUGGGGGGAAGAGAGACAUUUUUAGGGAAAUAGAUCAACUGGACAUUUUGUUUUAAAGAGGUGUUUUGAGAGAGUUUUGCAAAAAAGAACUUCAACAAAUUUCAGUGGAAUAACUAACUGUUUGUGACUUGCAAAUAUUCGUCUCUUUUAAAGAUCUAAAAACAAAUAACAAGAUUGUUAAAUCAGCCUCCACUGUGUUACACCAACAGUAGCCUAGUUUAUUACUUUCUCUGUUAACUGUGGAAAAUGUGAACUACAAUAAAUAUAAACAAAGC